UGAAAUGAUGUGGCGUCUCGGCGAGAAACACGUGCUGGCAGACAGAUUGCUUACGACGCUAAAUACCGAGUAUUCGAAUAAUUCGGUACGCAGCCGAAGAUUCCUCGUUAAUUGAGUUAACAAAACUUCGAAUUUCGCGUUGAUUCUCAUCGUAACGGUACCUGCUGUCAUUUAAACGUAAGAAUCGUUCGAAACAAACGUUCUCUGCUCGUUUUGAGAGGUCGUGCAACUGUCACUUAACCAAUCGCGGGAAAUUUGAACAGGUUAAGUUUAAGCAAAUUCUCUAAACGAUGAUUUUCAAUAAAUCUAUGAAAAUUUCAACUUCCUCUCACGUUAUGCUUCGACAACUAGUCGUCUUCAUAUUUGUAGUAGCAAGUAUCGGUCUUUUCUUUUACUUGAAUGAAGUUCAGCCGCAUUAUUAUAUCGAUGAGAUGUUCCACGUACCUCAAACGCUGCGCUUCUGCAACGGAAAUUUUUUCGAGUGGGAUCCAAAAAUCACCACACUUCCGGGGCUCUAUCUGAUGGCCGUCGUACUUUUUGCACCACUUAAACUUUGCAACACUAUCGUUUUGCGGGGGAUCAACUUGAUCGGGACAUUCGCAAAUUUCUGGGUCGUGUAUCAAAUACUUAAGUCAAGUAUUGAAAGACGGCAAAGUGGCGCUAAGCAAAAGUCACACGGUCAGAGUCAACAAUGGACGAUCCUGAUAACCAGCUUAAACAUCGCUAUUUUACCACCCUUGUACUUCCUUCUCUUUCUUUAUUACACAGAUGUCAUUUCCACCAAUUUGGUACUCCUGAUGUACCUAUUUUAUUUAAAACGACGAUUCAAAACAUCCGCUUUUACAGGUGUUUUGGCCGUGCUCUUCAGACAAACAAAUAUCGUCUGGGUUGCGUGGAUAUGUCUCGAACGAGGAAUGGACAUACUGGAGAAAAAAAAUCCUAACCGAAUCCACAAAAGCUUCAAAAACACUCCAGCGUACAUCAAGCUUCUCUGGGACAAUACCAAGGAAGAAAUUCUCGCUGGUAGAUUUAUCAACUUGGUUGCAGAAAUAAUCGGCGCACUGUUGCCGUACCUUCUGAUCGGCUUAUCCUUCGUGAUUUUCGUGUUCUGGAACAAAGGCAUAGUCCUUGGAGACCGCAGCGCUCACGUGGCCACAUUUCACGUGCCUCAAGUCUUCUACUGUUCGGUAUUCUUCGCCUUUUUCGCCUGGCCAUACUUCAUCAGUCACGUAAUGGACUUUCUGAGACUCGUAAAGACCCGUUGGGGCCUCGCCAUUCUUGCCUUUCUUCUUAUCGGGAUAACAGUCCGCUACAACACGCUGGUGCAUCCCUACCUCCUCGCCGACAACAGGCACUAUACCUUUUACGUUUGGAACAAAACUAUCGGGCGAUAUUAUUUGGCCAGAUAUCUUUUCGUCCCGAUUUACGGGUUCUGUCUCUUCGCCACUUGGCGGGCUCUUCGUCAUCUGAGAUUUCUCUCCCAGAUCGGCUACUUCGUCACAACGUUCCUAGUCCUCGUUCCUCAGUUACUGCUGGAGCCUAGAUACUUCUUCAUACCCUACAUCAUAUUUCGCAUCAACUCCAUCGAUGGUGUAAAACCGUGGCAAUUGUUCGUCGAGUCCUUGACGAUCCUCCUAGUCAACGCUUUUCAAUUCUACGUAUUUUCGACCAAAGUAUUUUACUGGGACGACGACGAGUAUCCGCAAAGAAUCUCGUGGUAAUUGCGAUCACCUUGUUUAACUGGAAAGGAAACCAGUCCUUUUUUGUUAGAACGGGGGGAAAAAGUUCUCAAAAACGAGUGAAUGUAAGCAUAAUGUACGUAUCUGUAUUGAUUAAUGGUUUGUGGA